GCUUCGAGCCGAAAACAACGACCUACGCACAUGUAACGCUCAGUUAACUGAUCAAAUGAAGAGCCUACAACAGAAAGCUGAUGCAUCUGAAGAUGAAUUAGAAAGCCUAAAGCAAUAUAUCCGAAGAGAUAUGCUAGAAAUUCACGGUAUUCCUGUCACUGAGGGCGAAAAUACGAACGAUAUUAUUUUAAACAUUGCUAAGCUCGCUGAUCAUACAUCCGCACUGAAGCAAGACGACAUCUCAAUCAGUCACCGUUUACCCUCCCGCCAAGGUCAAAUCCCAGCUAUUAUAGUUAAAUUUGUCCGAAGAGACACCAGAGAUAAAGUUUACAAAUUGAGGCGUAACCUGUUUACGAAAACCUCAGCUGACCUCGGUUUCCCUGAAGAAUCUCGUAUUUAUAUCAACGAAAGCCUGACGCAGAAAGGUAGAGACUUGUUAUGGGCAGUCAAAGAGUAUAAACGGGAGAAUCACUAUAAAUAUGUCUGGACGAAAUUUGGUAAAGUUUUCCUUAAGAAAGAUGCCACUCCUUCUUCACAAGUAUUCUCCUUCACGUCAAAAAAAAACUUUGAUCAAUUCAAAGCUGGACUCAGUUCUCAUCGAUGACAACAUCACUUAUGG